CACCAACAAUUACAAAACAACCCAUUCAGAGAAUGUAUUUUUUUGCAUAACCAUACUUAAUUUUACAUUUUCUUUAACAAAUUCUGUAGAAAAACUAAAUAAUUAAAAAUGUCUAAGGCGGCUGGUAAAUUAAAAACCAUGAAGAAAACCAUGGAAAAAAUAACACACACAACAAAGCUUAAAACAAACAUACCGGCUGGCAUGGCUGCUGCCGGUCCUCCGCUAGGUCCCAUGUUGGGUCAGCGUGCCAUUAAUAUUGCAGCUUUUUGUAAGGAUUUUAAUACAAGGACUGCUGAAAUAAAAGAGGGCAUACCUUUACCUUGUCGCAUAAGUGUUAAUAGCGAUCGCAGUUACAAUUUAACCAUACACUCACCGCCAGCAACAUUUCUGCUUAAGCAAGCUGCCGGCAUACAAAGAGGCGCUAUGAGUCCAGGAAAGGAAAUUGCGGGCAAAAUUACUCUAAAACAUUUAUAUGAAAUUGCCGCCAUUAAAAUACAAGAUCCUCCAAAUGCUUUGCUUACAAUGCAACAAAUGUGUGAAAUGUUAGUGGGUAUUGCACGUACAUGUGGCAUACAGAUUGUACGCGAAUUAAAUGCUGAGGAUUAUGCAGCAUUUUUGGAGGAAAGACGUGUGGUGGUUGAAGCCCAAAGGCGUGAAUUACAAGAAAAACGUGAAGCGAAAAUGUUACGUACUGGUUAAGUUUGAAAUUUGUUUUUAUUAUCCUAAGUUUAUGUUAAAAAAUACAAAAUUUAUUAAAAAACAAAAGUAAAGAUAACUUAAUCAAAACCAA